GCGAUUUGUUUUGCCGGUCAGUGCUGAUGUUGUGCGAUAAGUAUGCCAGGAUUGGAUCGCGACAGCCAGGGCAAAAUGGCAUCUGCUCUCAUGACCCCGCGUCCACCAUGGCAGUCUGUCUCGCGGUCGGAUAUCAAUACGAGAAAUCGUUAUGAGAUAAUGAAUACGGAAACGCUCAUACCUGGGACUAUGCCCUUUUCACAUCCCCUGUAGGAGGAUAUAUCUGGGACCAAACAUCUUGAUCAACCCUCGUCGUCUCUUAGCCUUGCUUGCAACCCCUACGCUGUGCUCUACGUACAGUCCCACACGUAUGAUACUGAACGAUCUCCGAGGCAGAACGCCGUCUCACUACGCCAUCUGCUGUUCCGACCUCAUCAGCGCCGGACAUACAUCCAAGGUCAACCUAUCGCCUUCUGCACUGGACGUCCAAGAUGCGCACAACACGCUCCAAGCGACUGGUAGCACAGCUACCACUGCUAGCAUGGAUCGAGAUCCUGGAGAUCAUGGCCCUGGUCCAGUCGCUGCUAGUCUUGACGAACGCACUAUGGAAUUGGGGCUUCUUGCUUUUCGAUACCUCUUCGCUCAGCCGCGCACUUUCACUUCCAGGGUCAGGAUCUGGUAACGCCACCACACCAGCGAUCUACGACUGGUACGAAGCGCACUACACCUCCAUCUGCUACGGCAUGUGGAACGACCACGUCUUCAAGUCUGGACGGAACAUGAGCGCAGGUUCUCCACGGUCCUGUGCCACCCAAGCUCUCGGAUACACAUUCUCCCUUGCGCGUGUGUUGUCCGAGUCUGAAGACCUUGCAAAAUCGACAAAUACAACAGUUCUCAACGCACUCGCGUCGUACAGCACAGUCGAUCUAAAAGCCCCGGUCGCCCUGCUUAUAGUCGGGAUCAUUUUCACGGGCUUGUCACAGGUAUUGUAUCUAGACACCAUUCUCGCGCUCGUGGCCACGAACAUGAGGGAAGAGCGUCUGAUAACGAUGCUGCGUGUCGCCUUCUUGUCGAGUAUACCCGCUGUUAUCACGCUGACGAUAUCCGCGGCCAAGAUCACUGCGCGCGCGAGACAGAUUCAAUCUGGACUGUUCUCGAAAAGUGUGGAUCUGAGGUCAAGUGUGACGGUAUUAAUAAGUGUCAAGGCACAUUUGGGAAGCGGGUUCUAUUCGGCGACAUGGACUGCGACGGGGUUCAUGUGGUUGGCGCUGGCGUUGGAGGUGGUCACGGCGUUGAGGAUCGCUGGAGCUAUGAAUAGGCAAUGCACUACGAGUCACGCGACAAACUCGGAGCCAGUCGUGCAUGGGAAGAGGGAUGUCUAUGCCGAGGUGAAGAUGGAGAUGUAGACGAGGGAGGUUGCGCCGAGGGCAUGGAUGGAGGACAAGUCACAACGUAGGUAACUGAAUGCAAAGACAAACAACGAGCUUGCUUACAGAUACCUGGGAAAUUGUCAUCGCAAUAAACUUCAAUC